UUUCAUCUUGGUUUGUUGAUGCUGAAGGGACAGAGAAAUUGGGCCAGCUACGAGGUACAGGCUAGUGCCAUCUCUAUUGCUGUGGAUAACGCCAGAAAAGAUGGACAUUUCCUCAAUCACACCUUCACUGUGACUUCACGUUUCGUGGACGACAAGUCUCGUACCGCGGGAGAAGUGGUACAAAUGAUCACUGAAGACAAAAUCGACCUUCUGCUAGGACAUCCAUCGUCAACGCGAAACAUGGGACCUGCCUACGUGACCCCAUAUUACAAUAUCCCUCAUAUUAGCUGGGGGACAACUGAUCCAACAUUUAGCAAGAAAGAUAUCUUUAAAACGUUCGUGCGCCUGCGGACCACAUUUAAUAAGGUUGGAUUGGCUACAAUAGCACUGUAUACCAAAUUCAAUUGGCGGAAAACAGCGGUCCUUAUCGAAACAUCCUACAAUUUAUGUUUGAGUGCGAUGAACGCUUUUCUCUCCAAAGCUGCUGAAAACAAGAUAACCAUUGCUUUUCAUCAGCGUUUCACAGAGAAUCCUUCGAUAAGCGAAAUUGAUAAUUAUCUUUUUAAUAUUAAGACAUCUGCAAGAAUUGUAUUCAUGUGCGCUCGGGACAACAAUUUCCGAAGAAUUAUGAUACAAGCACAUGCUUCCCAGAUGACGAAUGGUGACUACGUUUUCAUAGAUCCCAAUUUUGUAGCCAAUGAUGAUCUGUACAGAUAUAGAACGUGGUUUAAUAAUGACUCCAAUGACGCCAUUUCCAGAGAGGCUUUUCGACAUGUAAUACAUUUCAGUACAGCCCGGUGGUUCGACGAAAGAAGCAAGGCUCAACAUUUGGAAUUAAUGAGAACGAUUCCACAGCGUAUGGCGGAGCCACCUUGGAAUGACUCUACGGCACUCGAUGAAAAAAUUAUUCCACCUCCUGCGGCAGCUGCUUUACACGAUUCUAUGUACCUCGCCGUUCUCUGGUGGGAUCAUUGUCAUAAUAACGGACUCGAUCACAGAAACGGCGUUGGGAUGUUCGAAUUUACUCAUAACUUGACCUACAGUGGAACAAGUGGGCUUAUUUAUUUCGACGGCAAUGGAGACAAGCAGCCCUUAUUUUGGAUUGAGGACCUAAAACUAGAAGGCGAUAAUCAGAGAAUCUUUGCCAUCGUUGAAACUUACAAAACGGAUUCAAACAUGUUCACGUUAUGGGAGGACCCUUUAUGGUUAACCGCUGACGGAAACCCUCCUCUUAGUUCCCCCGUAUAUCAAACGAUAGAUAUUGUCGUCGCUGUCUCCGUUGCUGUGUUUAUAAUAAUCAGCUUUCUGAUUGCUAUUUUCACUAUCAGGAAGAAGCAGUAUGAAAUGCAGAUUCUAAAGAUGGCAUGGAAAGUUGACUUUUCUGAAAUUGGAAUGAAAAUCAGCAAAAGGGGAAUAGGAAGUCAGUUAAGUAAAAGUGCUACAUCUUUCGGAGAAACGGGAAGCGGAAGCAAUGGUACAGAUAAUCCUAAUUUUACACUGACUGCAGAAUACAAUGGUCAAAUAGUGGCUCUUAAAAAAAGUCCACUAUUGACGAUCCAACUUUCACGAUUAGAUCUGGUGGAACUUAGAGAGAUGCGUGACUUUAUCCAUCCAAAUGUGAAUCCUUUUCUUGGAGCUUGUAUUGACUCCCCGCACAUCUGUUGUCUGUUUUUAUACGGUACUAAAGGGAGUCUACAGGAUGUUUUGGAAAAUGAUGACAUCAGAUUAGAAUGGACCUUUAAAGUUUGCAUCUUAAAAGACAUAGCGAUGGGCAUGAAGUACAUACACUCAUCCACUCUGCGAUCACACGGUAGUCUCAAAAGUUCCAACUGCAUUAUUGACAACAGAUGGACUGUGAGAAUCACAGACUAUGGAGUUUCUGCUUUUUUCAAACAAAAGAACAUGAAAAACCUUUCAAGGAUGGAAGAAUUCAAAGAUUUAUUGUGGACCUCUCCAGAAAUUCUUCAAUCAGACGACGUCAUGCCAAGGAAUGGGACCCAAACUGGGGAUGUGUACAGCUAUGGAAUUAUUCUACAUGAGACAUUCUACAGAGUAGAUAUAAUACAGGACAUUUGCAAUGGCAUUAUAUACACGCCUGAUCUCAAUAAGUCAGAAAAUGUAAAACCUCAGAUGUUGAAUCUAAUGAGACUGUGUUUAAAUGAGGACCACCGACAAAGACCUGACUUCAAUAGAAUUCUUAAUUUCAUUCGAGAAAACAACGUUGAGGCGAGCGUGAGUAUAAUUGAUUCCAUGAUUAACAUGUUGGAGAAGUAUGCCAAUAACCUUGAAGAUCUGGUAGAGGAGAGAACAGUCGCCCUCAAUGAUGAAAAAACAAAGACAGACCGCCUUCUCUAUCAAUUGUUGCCAAAAUUAGUUGCAGAUAAGUUAAAGAGAGGUGAAAUGGUUCUCCCAGAAGCGUUUGAAGCUGUAACCAUAUUCUUUUCUGAUAUUGUGGGGUUUACCAUACUUGCAGCUAAACUGACUCCUUUGGACGUUGUAAAUUUCCUUAAUGAUGUUUACACAUUAUUUGAUGACAUCAUUUCUCGAUAUGACGUUUAUAAGGUAGAAACAAUCGGUGAUGCUUACAUGGUUGUAAGUGGUUUGCCAAAAGAAAAUGGCAAUAGACACAGUGGGGAGAUUGCUAGUAUGUCCCUGUCAAUAUUGACAAGGCUCCAGUUCUACAGAAUGAAGGCUAUACCGGAUCAAAACAUCAUGGUUCGGAUCGGACUACACACCGGGCCAGUGUGUGCAGGUGUAGUGGGACAUACAAUGCCAAGAUAUUGUUUGUUUGGCGACACAGUCAACACAGCCUCCAGGAUGGAAACAUACGGAGAAGGUGGAAAGAUUCAUAUAACUGGGAUGACAAAAAAUGCUUUGGCUGACUUAGGAGGGUAUAACAUUGCUGAAAGAGGAUACAUAGAUAUCAAGGGGAAGGGUAAGAUGUUCACAUAUUGGCUCAUGGGAAUUGCUAGAAAGGAAAGUCAAUCGCAAUCUACAUCAGGCAUGUCAAAGAAAAAGGUUUCUAAGGUUGGCAGUGUGUCACCUUCCUUGAGGCAAGGAUUAACAGAUAUAGACUUACUCGAUUGCUACAACAUUGAACAUUACUGUUAAGAUUUAAGAUAGGCUUAGAUCUUAUUUCUACAAAGAGCACAGUCGGUCUUCAAAGCGCUAAGGCUUAAAGUAACCAAACAUUAUUUACUUUA